AACACGAGAGAGCCUGGUGACCGAACAACCGAAAGGUGCCCCGUUAGGAAAAACGCCACCUACCGGCCAUAGGAAAUGUAGAGAGCGAGCUGAGCCGGGAGAUUGCUGCAGUCUGCUUGAAUCCUCUACGGCUCAUGAAGAAUCGAGCUGAGAACCUGUGCCGACGUCACGAGUUCAGCUUCGGUCAGCAGCAGAAGACGGAUGACGUCAUGUUCGGGCUCACCGAUAUGCGAACCGACCCGCUCGAACCGAGGAACUCUUGCUACAAGUGCAGUGCAGAGCGAACCAUCGAUGCCUUUACCGGCAAACUAACGAAAACGAGGCUGCAUCUUUCCGAGGAACAUCUUUGGCGGACCAUUGCUGCCAAAUAUCUGUCGCCAGAGAAAACCCAGAGGCACCACACGCAUACGGUACGGAAACAAAUGACGAGGCUGCGAAACGUAGUAAUCCUGCUACUCGUUGUACUGAACGUCGCCUACAUCACGCUCGUGCUCGGUUACGACAUGGACCAGACGUCACACAUCAUGUGGUAUUUCAAUGGCGACACAAAAGUGUCGCCGAUGUACGCGCUGUCUAGCACGAUUCAGGCGGUCCUUCUCAUCGUGCAGAUUGUGUCCAUGCUCAUAUACAGGCGGCAGGUUUUCGCUGCGUUGUGGAACCGUGUUGUAUCUAUCUCUGUGUUUCGAUGGAAAUUCUUUUGCCGGCAAUUGUCGCGUUCAAAGAUCUCCGAAUGCGACGUGGUAUGAAAAACAACAGGCGCGUGUGCGCAUGCGUACGUGACUGCAGAUGCGUUCCCAGAACGAGCCUAGCUGUGUGUGUGCGUGUACGGGUGCGUCUGUAUGCGUGUACUGGUGCGUAUUUGCGUG